AUGGGCGACAGUCAGUGUAUAAGUAAUGCUGUCAGAACUGAUCUGAAGGAAAAAUAUAUAAGGGUACGAAAACUUCUUGAUGAAGAAAGCAAAAAUGAUCCUGAAACAGAGCCAUACAAAAGCAAAUAUGCUGCAAUGGAAAUACUUAAAAAUAUGAAAAAUCUAUUGCUCAAUUCUGUUGAUAAUGCGAAACAACAGGAGAAUGAGGUUACCUCUUUGCUCGCUGUCGUAUACUUGAAUCAAGGUAUUGUGGCAAUUGAAACUGAAGAGUUAAAGUCAGGACAAGAUUAUUUAAUGAAUUGCAUCGACACAUUGAAUAAAACUGAAAUUAGAUCAGACACAGUACUGCCUAUGAUAAGUGCUUUGAAUCAGCUAGGAAUACUUUGGUCCAAACGGGAUCAAGCAGCUAAAGCUAAAGAGUAUUUGGAGAAAGCUGAAAAAGUUUACAAAGAUUACAAGAACUCAAAAGAUUCUUCUGCUCCUGUUAGCAUGUCUAGCCUUUUCGGUUUAGGAGAUCCUUCUGAACCUCCUCCAGCAGAGAUUUUGGAGAAACUUCAUACAUUGACGCUUUACUAUUUAGCUCAAAUAUAUGGUAGUCUAGAUGAUCUCAUUAAAUCUGCAGUUUACUGUCACAUGACGCUAAAAAGGCAAUUAGAAAUGAAUGAUUUUGACAGUAUUGAUUGGGCAUUAAAUGCAGCAACAUUGUCUCAAUUUUUCAUGGAAAAAGGGGGUUACACUCAAGCCAGGCAUCACCUUGCUUCUGCAACUUACAUUCUGAGAAAAUAUGAAGACACUUUAAAAGAAAUGAGCUCGAAAACACCAGAAGACGACAGCGAAAGAGAAAUUUUAGAUUCAAAAUGGGAAACUUUUAAACAUCGAAGUGCUGAUAUAGCUCGAUGUUGGGCUAAGUAUGGAAUCUUAAUGAUGAUGGCGUCCAAAGAACGUUUGAUAGAAAGUACUGAAACUGGAGAAGACAAACCGUGUUCCAACAUCGCAGGCAUUAAGACUGAUCCUAAAUCUGAUAUAAGUCAAGACGUCUUAGACAAUUUGAAAUUUGAUAGUAUAGAGAAUGAUGUACAACAGAUAGCUAAUAAUGUCACAGACAAAUAUUUAUUAGACUUUAACGAUGCAAAGGAGGUCUUCUUAAAUGUGCAAAAGUGGCUUGAUGACGCAAAGUCUUUUUAUACUUUGGAGGAUCAAGCAUCAGAUUACAUUCAAAUUAUUCAAGACAUGUCACAGGUGUAUAAAUAUCUUACAUUCUUUGAGGAAGAUGAUGAUCGUCAAGCUAAAAUGCAUAAAAGGAGAAUAGAUUUAUUGGAAACCCUUGUGAAGGAAUUAAAUGUAAAGUAUUACCAGUCAGAUUGUAGGCAAAUUUGGAUUGAACUUGGAGAAACUUACUCAGAGAUAUUAGAUAUCAAAUUAGAUCGCUUGAAAGCAAUAGAUGAACGGCCUACUCCUCACAUGUUAAGUAAAAUUAAUAAUUUAACUAAGAGCGCUAUAGAUAACUUUAAUAAGUUUUUAGAUUCCGUAAAAGAAUCUGGUAAAGAAAAGUUUUCAGAGGACUUGGUAAGACCAGUCUUAUGUACCUACUUUCAUUUAGGCCGACUGUACAAUAAAUUUAUAAUACCAGAUAAGCAACUACAAUUAGAAAAUGUCAAAAAAAGUCUUGAUGCUUACACGUACUUGGUUAACUACUGUGAAAAGGAUCCAAAGGCUGCUGAACUAAUGGCAGUAGAACUUAAUAUAUGCAAAGAUUUUAUCAAGCUCUUACCCGUGAAAAUUAACAAAUUACAGCAUGAACUUUCAGAUUCUUAA